UUGAACCCGUGGCCUCACAGACUCCGCAGGAUCCCGGCUCCGCUCAUGCCUCCUUCCCUUCUUCGCACGCCCGGGGCUCAGCUCCUGCCCAACUCCCGGGGCAAGCUGUGCCGGCCGGAGAUUCCCGGCAGAAACAACACUCGCACACACAAAACGACCGACUCAGGGGCUCUGCCGGCUGCGAGGCAAAUCCGCAGCCCCCGCGAGCGGCUUGGAUUGCGGAGCCGGGGGGGGAAUUCUGCAGCCUGCCCUUGGCUCCCGCUGCUUUUGCUCGCAGGUUAUUCGUCUCCUGCUGCUGCAUUUUGCUCAGCUGCACAGCCGGUUGUUUUCAUCACAAGGCUCCGGGCUUGCCGGGGCUGUUUCUCAUCCCAUCCCGCCCUCCUUGUGCUGCCGAGCAUCCGAGGAGCCGCCGGGGGAAGGAUGGAGCUGCUGCCGGCGCGGGGUCCCUGCGCUGCCGGGGGAUGCGGGCUCUGCCCAGGCUGCUCUCCCACCUUCCAGAGGGAUGCAGGCUCUGCUCAGGCUGCUCUCCCACCUUCCAGGGGGAUGCAGGCUCUGCCCAGGCUGCUCUUCUCAGCUUUAGGGGGAUGCAGACUCUUCCCAAGCUGCUCUCCGGGUUCCAGAGGGAUGCAGGCUAUGCCCAAGCUGCUUUCCCAGCUUCCAGAGGGAUGCAGGCUCUGCCCAAGCUGCUUUCCCAGCUUCCAGAGGGAUGCAGGCUCUGCCCAAGCUGCUUUCCCAGCUUCCAGAGGGAUGCAGGCUCUGCUCAGGCGGCUCUCCCGGGUUCCAGAGGGAUGCAGGCUCUGCUCAGGCGGCUCUCCCGGGUUCCAGGGGAAUGCAGGCUCUGCCCAGGCGGCUCUCCUGGGUUCCAGAGGGAUGCAGGCUCUUCCCAAGCUGCUCUCACGGGUUCCAGGGGGCUGCAGGCUCUGCUCAGGAGGCUCUCCCGGCUUUAGGGGGCUGCAGGCUGUGCCCAGGCUCCCGGCAGCCCCAGGCACGGCUCCCUCUCCCUCCUGCUGUCACACGGGCUGUGCAGGCACAGCCUUUCUCCGAGACGCCUGGCUCAGGGGUGGGGGAGGGAAUGCUGCUGGAAGGGGAGGGGAUAGGGAGAGGGAUGGGUGAGGGGCUCGGCGGCCUGGGAAUCAUCUGAUUUUUGGCAAAUUUUUCCACGAAUCAUUUCGGCAGCCUGCGCUCGUUGGCGCUGCCGUCCCUGGGGAUUGGGAGCGCUCGGAGCGGGGAAGGAGCCGGGGAUGCUGCCCUGGGACACCUCUGCCGGCUGGAGGGGGGUCGCUGCGCUCAAUAACGCCUCUCACCCACAAAAAAAAACCAUCUCGUUUCUCCCAGCCGAGAAACCGAACCGAGCUGAGCACAUUCCUCCCCGCGAGGAAAGGGAAAGCGCCUUGUUUCCAUCGUGCAGAAUUGUGUCAGCAGAGACACCCCCGGCAGCUGCAGGGGAAGAAUCCUCCCAGGUUUUGAUCACUUUUGGAAAGAUUCUCGCUGUGUUCUGCCCCGUCAGCAAGAAUAUCACCGUUGCGUUGCGGCCAGAGAAUCUGUGGUAUUAUGGGGGAAAAUGAAAUAGAAACGCAGGAUGUGCAGAGAUUUUUGUUUACCACCAAAACACCAAAAUAGGAGGAAACAGCAGCCGCCUGUUGGGGUAGAAGAAUCCAUCAAAUAUUCCAUCUCCCUUAACCGGAGGGAUGAGAGCAGGCAGCAGGAUGUGGCACUCCUGAGCUCCCGGUUCAAGAGCCAAGGUCCUGUGGCAUUAUCCACGAAAUCCUGCCAGGAGCAGGGUUUUGACAUCCCCCCCUGGCAGGCCGGCCUCCAAAGCACGCUGCUGACAUCAUGUGGAGGCACUGCUCCAGCACCGCCUCCCCGGGAGCCCCACGCUCCUCCGAAAAUCUAUUUAUACCCACGCUCCCAAUGACACGCAGCACAGCUGGGGGAUAAACACAAACUCCUGUGUUUUUCUCCUCUGUUGGGCAAAGCAACCUUAAUUUCCAGGUACACGGAGAGUUAUUGGCGCUGCGGAGCGUAAAGAUUGGCCUGAGAAAGGCUGGGGGAACGUCCUGCCUGCUGGGAGGCUGUCAGUGGCAAUCUGUCCUUGGCAAAUGAGCUCCUCACUCCCACGCCAACGGGAGGGAGGCACUCGGGGAACGGCCCAGGCAGGGGAAGGACACGCAAAAUCAGAGCUGGGGCUUUCAGUGGCACCGGGAGGCUCUGAGGCAAAGAGCUGCAGCUCCCCGCGUGCAGCCCUGCCCUCGGACGGGCUCCAGAUGAGAUGAACUGAGCACAGCGCCGUUUCCAGAGGGAGCUCCAGCUGUUCACUAACAGCUCUUGCUCUUCCCAGUGGUUUCUGGGUCUCUGGGGGGAAAGGGAGCGGCUUCCCUUUACUACAGAGCUCUCCAUGCUGGAUCAGCUCCCUCACUGGAGUAAUUUUUCUUCAAAAGCGCUUUUUUUUGGCUGCAUUUUCUCACAGAAAACUGCCUCACAUUGAUUCCUGAGGUUUCACCCUCCAGACCAGCCAGGGAUGUCCUUUUCCAUCAGAACUGAGCGGAUUUUGGUGAGUGUCGGGACCCAGGACACUCCUCUGGCUGCCCUGGAUGGCUCCAGACCCUGGCAGGGGGCUCAGAGACCUUGGCACGGAGUCAGAGACACCUGUGCCUUCAAUUUUAGCCCGUGGAAAAAAUUACCAACUUUGUGUGAGGAUUCACAAGCCACAAGAGUUUGAGUGGAGUGACAGUUCAUUUGUCACAGGGUGAGAAAGCAGAAUUUUGGGGUUUUAGAAGGGCGUUCAAGAGGCAAGAUGGAGGAAUCUGGGCGUGUCCUGUCCUCCUUCUCCUCCUCCUUGUCCUCCAUCUUCUGCUGGGAUGGUGACACUUUUGGAUUGGUUUAGAGUAGAGACAGACUGUCUAACAGAGGUGACAGGUAUUGGAAAAUUAUUGUAAAUGAAGUACACGUGGUUCUCAGUAUAACAAACUAACUCCACCCCAAGGGCAGUCCCUGUGCCCCAGCCUGACCUGCUGGACAGAUCUCAGCAGGCCACAGAAAGAAUGUAAUAACUAAGAGAAAAUAAACAACCUUGAGAGGCAGAACCAACAAAUCUCAUCUUCUUGGGUCGCGGGGCUGGGAGAAAAAAGACUUUCUAACAUCUUGGGAGUCAUCAGAGGCACAGAAACCCGAGGGGUGAGGAGAACAGGCGCUUCAGGCAGCCAGAGGAGAUGGCAAUAACA